GCUGUGGCUAUUGGUGAUGUUGGUUCUAAUCAUUCAUUGUUGUAUCAACACUUCUAUAACAUCAACAACAACAUCGUCAUCAUAACAAUAUUAUUAAUAUCUCCAAAAGUUUUGUACUUGUGCAAAAAUUAAUAAUUAUGGUUCCAAACUAUUCUGCCAACGAUAGUCAUAGUACUCCACCCAUCAAGUCCACCGCGGUGGCCAUUGAUAAGGAUAAGAACAGCCCUUAUGCUGUCAGAUGGGCUAUUGAUCAUCUUAUGGUUAUUAGCAACCCCUUUAUCACCCUAAUCCAUGUUAGGCCCAAAACCAACCACAUCAAUAAUCAGGGCGCCAAUGAUGCUAAUCACUCAGCCGAAUCUGAAAACGACAAUCUCUUCAUCCCAUACCGCGGUUAUUGUGCUCGUAAAGGGGUUCAAUUGAAAGAGGUUGUCCUUGAGGAAUAUGAUGCUCCUAAAGCAAUUUUGGAUUACAUCCACAAGAACUUCAUCAACAGUAUUGUUGUUGGUGCAUCAACGAGGAGUGCUCUCGCAAGAAAGUUCAAAGGUUAUGAUGUACCAGGCAGCUUAAUGAAAUCUGCACCAAAUUUCUGUUCUGUUUAUGUAAUUUCAAAAGGGAAAAUAUUGUCAGCUAGGACAGCACUAAGGCCUAUGGCAAAUACUGCAACCCCACCAAAACAACCCUCAUCAGGAGGACUUCCACCAACACCUGAACAAAAUGGAGAGGAAACCAGAUCUGUAAGGGGAUGGAGAAGUGCAGGACCAGGUUAUGAGAGAUUUCAUUUGGAAAAGAGCAGUGAUGCGUCGAGGACAUCACGCGAACGAAGCAGGAAUAGUCCAAAGAAUCUCUCAUUGGAGAAUAUCGAGAUUGCCAACCGUGGGGCAAGGUCUUCAUUUGGCCAAGAUUCUGUCAGGGAUGAGAGUGAUCUUCCAGGGGUGCUGAUGUUCGGAUCAGUGGAUAUCUCAGGCCAAAAUUUAGAUUUCAGCAUUGCAGCAAGUUCUCCCAAGGAACAAUCCACCAAAUAUUCUGCGCGAGAGCUAGAAGCUGAGAUGAAAAAAUUGAAGCUUGAACUAAAGCAAACCAUGGACAUGUACAGCUCAGCUUGCAGAGAAGCAAUCUCAGCCAAAAAGAAGGCUAAAGAACUUCAUCAGUGGAAGGUGGAGGAGGCUCGUAAGUUUGAAGAAGCCAAGAAUGCUGAAGAAGCAGCUCUUGCUAUUGCAGAAAUGGAGAAGGCCAAGUGCAAAGCUGCCAUUGAAGCAACAGAGGCGGCACAGAGGCUAGCUGAGAAGGAAUCACAGAGAAGAAAACUGGCAGAGAUAAAGGCCAGGCGAGAGGCAGAAGAGAAAAAUCGAGCAUUGUCUGCAUUGGCACAGAAUGAUAUCCGGUAUAGAAAAUACACCAUAGAUGAGAUUGAAGCAGCAACUGACAAGUUCUCUGAAUCAAUGAAAAUUGGUGAAGGUGGAUAUGGACCUGUAUAUAAAGGCAAACUUGAUCACACCCCAGUUGCCAUCAAAGUUUUGAGACCUGAUGCUGCUCAAGGGAGGAAGCAAUUCCAACAAGAGGUUGAGGUCCUUAGCUGCAUUAGACAUCCUAACAUGGUCCUCCUCCUUGGUGCCUGCCCUGAGUAUGGAUGCUUGAUUUACGAGUACAUGAAUAAUGGCAGCUUAGAAGACAGGCUGUUUAGAAGAGGUCACACCACUCCAAUUUCCUGGAGGAGAAGAUUCAAAAUAGCCGCUGAGAUUGCAACUGCUCUUCUAUUCCUUCACCAAGCAAAGCCAGAACCCCUAGUGCACCGGGACCUAAAACCAGCCAACAUCCUCUUAGACCGCAAUUUUGUGAGCAAAAUUAGUGAUGUUGGCCUAGCACGUCUAGUCCCACCUUCUGUGGCUAAUAGUGUCACACAAUAUCACAUGACUUCAGCUGCAGGGACUUUUUGUUACAUAGAUCCUGAGUAUCAACAAACAGGCAUGUUGACAACCAAAUCAGAUAUAUACUCAUUUGGGAUAAUGCUACUCCAAAUUAUCACAGCCAAGCCCCCUAUGGGUCUUGCACACCAUGUUCAAAAGGCCAUUGAAAGAGGUACAUUUGAAGAGCUGCUUGACCCCACAGUGACAGACUGGCCUGUUGAUGAUGCUCUAGAAUUUGCUAAAUUGGCACUAAAGUGUGCAGAGCUAAGGAAAAAGGACAGGCCAGAUCUUGCAGCUGUUAUAUUGCCAGAGCUCAACCGGUUAAGAGACCUUGGAAGGAACUGUGAAAUAUACAGCAGUAAUAGUAGUCAGCAUCACAGCCAUUUGCCACGUCAUCCCACAACAAGUUCACAUUCAAGGACAACUACAAAUCAGGAGCCAAUGUUAGACCAGUGAUGGGGCAUUGAACAUAGAUUUCAAACAAAAGAAGAUGGCAGCAGGUGAAAUUGAAGACCACUGGAUUCAAAGAACCACUAGCCAUAAAGCUGCUUGCAUUGGAAGAAACAAGUGGUUUGUAUAUGUUAAAGGACUGAUUUUGGACAAGUAAGUACUCAGGUUUGUUGUAAGAAAAAAAUGGGAAAAGAAAUGUACAUAUUCAAGCUUCUUUCAGUGCUUGGAAAAUGUCACUUCUGAAAGCUGUAUUUGGAAAGUUCCAUUAGUUACUGUUAU